GACACUAUAAUACUAUUAGUGUAUGUGUAAUGUAGUACUGGUAAUCAGAGACGUUCGCGACGCCUUUUCAAGGAGGAAAGAAAAGGAAAACCAUAUACGUGCAUGACUUUUCAGAGGCGGUGGGAAAUCGGGCUUGUCUUCGAACUCGGAGCACUUUUAUCAAGUGCUGGGUGAUUAUGUUGAGGAGACCUAGAGCUGCAUAGAUGUGUCACAAUUUCCCAGGAUUGUCAUACAAUUGCGAACAUCGAUCAGGUGAAGCAGUGAUUCAAGCCAAAGGGGAUGGUUCCUGGCAUCAAGCAACAAGCGAGGCUUGUGCCAAGAAGGGGGAAGACCAAGAAUUGAAAGCGGGGUUUAAUUUCUCGUUUUUUGGAAGUCUUGUGCGCCGAAGACACCGAAAUCAAACUGUUUUCCUGUUCGGGAAAGGCGUUAUCCACCCCAAAGCGUCCGGACUGUGUGAUACAUCAACAACAUAGUAGAGUGACAAGGUACAGGUUGAGUCAAAGGAGUUUAUCAGAGUGCGGUGGGAAGAGAAACACGGAUCAAGACAGCAGCACAGCAGCAUAGGUUUUCAUGUCUCCUCUCCACACACCUGGAAAGGUUUCCACUUCCUGUGACACCAUCACACCAUGCCUGAGGGGGCGGGCCGAGGCAGCCAGAGAAAGCUCAGCAACCAAGCUGCCAAGCGCCCCUCCUCCGUGUCCUCCCUGAGCAGCAUUGUGGGUAGGAUGGCCCUGUCGGAGCGCGCCUCCCGCGGGAGCUGCACCUCGGUCAACACGGAGUGCUCGGAUAGCGACCGCACGGCCAGCCUCAGCUCCUCUGCCUCCUCUGCCUCCCUGCAGGACGUACACUCUUCCUCCUCCUCGCUGCCCUACGGGGCAGUGCCUGCCUACCCCUCCUCGCCGCAGCGCAACGGCUCCGACAUCAGCCUGGACCUAACCCCUCUCUCCCAGCUCCCAGCGGGGGCAAACCCUGCCACUGCCGCGUCCCCGCCCAAGCUGUCUCGCUUGGAGAGGGUGGCGCUGGAGAUAGUGGAGACGGAGCAGGCGUACGUGAGGGACCUGAAGAGCAUCGUAGAGUGAGCUUCUGGAGGACCUGGAGAGGAGUCCUCAUGCGGCUGCUAUCGCCGAGUGCUUCAUUGAGAGGAGCGAAGCCUUCGACAUAUAUACCCUCUACUGUAUGAACUACCCCAACUCGGUGGCUGUUCUGAGGGACUGCAUGAAGAACAAGAGCCUGGUGGGCUUCUUCCAGGAGAGGCAGACCACCCUGUGCCACUCCCUGCCCCUGGAGACCUACCUUCUGAAGCCAGUGCAGAGGAUCCUCAAGUACCACCUCCUGUUGCAGGAGCUGGCCAAACACUUUGAUAAAAGUGACCCUGGCUACGAGAUGGUGGAGGAUGCCAUCAUCACCAUGACAGCCGUGGCCUGGUACAUCAACGACAUGAAGAGGAAGCAGGAGCACGCCGUCAGGCUGCAGGAGAUUGAGAGCUUGUUGACCAACUGGACAGGUCCAGACCUGAAUGGCUUUGGGGAGCUGGUGUUGGAGGGCUCCUUCAGGGUCCAACGGGUCAAGAAAGAGAGGGCAUUCUUCCUCUUCGACAAGAUGCUGCUUAUCGCUAAAAAGAGGCUGGAGCUUUUCAUCUACAGCACCCAUAUAUUUUGCUGUAAUCUACUUCUGGUAGAAACCAUGAAGGACCCCCUGUGUUUUAAGGUGUCCGAUCAGACCAUCCCCAAACAGCAGCACAUUGUACAGACCAAGAACCAGGAGGAGAAACGCCUUUGGCUGCACUACCUCAAGAAACUGAUAGUGGAGAACCAUCUUGCCUCUCUACCCCAGAAGGCAAGGCAGGUACUCGGUGACAACUUCUGUCAAUCUCCUCAGUUUGAUCAGGAUCAUUUAAAAAAGUCAUCUCCAAGAUGCAAUGAAUACCAUCGAGGAAGACGCCAAUCAGAGCCCCCAGAGUUCAUCUACACCCCAGAGAAGGCCAAGAAGAGCCUUCCCCUGCUUCUGGAGGGGAACCUGUCCUACCACCGCGGCAGGAGGCAGUCUGCUCCAACUAAAGACUUCGAAACAGCAUUUCAUGGUGAGAGUGGUGAGAAUGCUUCAUAAAGGAUUGAUUGUUUAUCUUGUUUCCUG